AUGUUGUCGUUGCAGAGUGAUCCGCGGCAGUAUAGCAAUAAUAAUCAGCAAGUGCAGCUCCGGCAGCAGCAUCAUCAGCAUCAGCAGCAGCAAUUGUUGCAGCAAGUGGCUGGAGUUUUGAAUUAUAAUAACAAUAAUAGCAGUAAUAAUAUUGUUAAUAAUUCUGGCGAUAAUCAUAAUAAUGGCGUUGGUGGUGAUCGGAGGAGCGAUCUGGCGUUUUCGUAUAAUCAUAAUGAAUCUGUUGGUGUUCUACCGUCCUCCGUCAAUGUUAAGCAGGAGUUUUUGUCUCGCGAAGUAGAUGAAGAUAUGGUCUUGGCGAUGGCUCAUCAAAAUUACAAAGCAGGGAACUAUAAGCUUGCUUUAGAGCAAAGCAAGGCUGUUUAUGAAAGAAACCCACGCCGUACUGAUAAUCUUCUUCUACUGGGAGCUGUAUAUUAUCAGCUUCAUGAUUUUGAAGAGUGCAUUAAAAAGAAUCAGGAAGCUAUUGCUAUAGAUCCACAUUUUGCGGAGUGUUAUGGUAACAUGGCGAACGCUUUGAAGGAGAAAGGCAACAUUGAUCUUGCAGUUCAGUAUUAUUUAGUUGCAAUUGAGCUUCGACCUAGUUUUGCGGAUGCUUGGUCAAACCUAGCUAGUGCAUACAUGAGAAAAGGAAGACUUAAUGAAGCAACCCAGUGUUGCCGUCAGGCUCUUGCAUUGAAUCAUCGUCUUGUCGAUGCUCAUAGUAACCUGGGAAAUCUAAUGAAAGCACAAGGAUUGGUGCAGGAGGCAUACAAGUGCUAUUUUGAGGCUCUCCGAAUACAGCCAACUUUUGCUAUUGCAUGGUCCAAUCUUGCUGGCCUUUUCAUGGAGGCUGGCGAUCUGAAUAGAGCUUUGCAGUAUUACAAGGAAGCAGUCAAGCUGAAACCAAAUUUUGCUGAUGCUUAUUUGAAUUUGGGUAACGUGUACAAGGCUUUGGGGAUGCCUCAGGAUGCAAUGAUGUGUUAUCAGCAUGCUCUGCAAGCCCGACCAGAUUAUCCUAUGGCCUAUGGCAACCUGGCUAGUGUUUACUAUGAGCAAGGCAACCUUGAUAUGGCUAUCGUCCAUUAUAACCGAGCUAUUGCUUGUGAUAGUGGAUUCUUGGAGGCGUAUAAUAACUUGGGCAAUGCUCUGAAAGAUGCAGGAAGAGUAGAAGAAGCAAUCCAGUGCUAUCGCCAAUGCCUUUCUCUCCAUCCCACCCAUCCUCAAGCACUCACAAACCUUGGGAAUAUAUAUAUGGAGUGGAACAUGAUGGGUGCGGCUGCACAAUGCUACAAGGCUACAAUAACUGUGACGACAGGACUUUCUGCACCUUAUAACAAUUUAGCAAUCAUUCACAAGCAGCAGGGUAAUUAUGUGGAGGCAAUAUCUUGCUACAAUGAUGUUCUGAGAAUUGAUCCUAUGGCGGCUGACGGUCUUGUCAAUCGUGGUAAUACUUACAAGGAGAUCGGAAGAGUUUCUGAAGCUAUACAGGAUUAUGUACGAGCUAUCAGUAUUAGGCCUACAAUGGCCGAGGCUCACGCAAACUUGGCUUCAGCUUACAAGGACAGUUGUCACGUGGAGGCAGCCAUCAAGAGUUACAAGCAGGCAUUAAUAUUACGCCCAGAUUUUCCUGAAGCAACCUGUAAUCUUCUCCACACUUUGCAGUGUGUUUGUGAUUGGGAUAAUCGAGAGAGAACAUUCAUUGAAGUUGAAGCCAUACUGCGAAGACAGAUAAAGAUGUCAGUAAUUCCAAGUGUGCAGCCUUUCCAUGCAAUUGCCUAUCCCCUUGAUCCAAUGCUUGCUUUGGAUAUCAGCCGGAAGUAUGCUGCACAUUGUUCAGUGGUUGCAGCUCGUUAUUCACUUCCUCCAUUCAAACAUCCUGCUCCAUUACCCGUAAAAGGGGGAGGUAGAGUUGGCCGUUUAAGAGUUGGAUAUGUGAGCAGUGACUUUGGGAACCAUCCCUUGUCACACCUCAUGGGUUCUGUAUUUGGCAUGCACGACAGGGAUAAUGUAGAGGUGUUUUGCUAUGCUUUAAGUCCUAAUGAUGGGACUGAAUGGAGGUUGCGAAUCCAGUCGGAAACUGAAAAUUUUAAGGAUGUGUCUUCCUUGUCUUCUGAUAUGAUUGCCAAUUUGAUUAAUGAUGACCAAAUACAAAUCCUGAUUAACCUUAAUGGAUAUACUAAGGGGGCACGGAAUGAAAUAUUUGCCAUGCAACCAGCUCCCAUCCAAGUUUCAUACAUGGGGUUUCCUGGGACUACGGGAGCAAGCUAUAUACAUUAUCUGGUCACAGAUGAGUUUGUUUCGCCUAUGCGUUAUUCACACAUUUAUUCCGAGAAUCUUGUCCACCUGCCGCAUUGCUAUUUUGUAAAUGAUUAUAAGCAGAAAAACUUGGAUGUUCUAGAUGCAACUUCUCAACCAAAGAGGUCGGAUUAUGGCCUACCAGAAGACAAAUUCAUAUUUGGUUGCUUUAACCAGCUUUACAAGAUGGAUCCUGAAAUUUUCACAACUUGGUGCAACAUUCUCAAACGUGUACCAAACAGUGCUCUCUGGCUACUGAGGUUUCCAGCCGCAGGCGAGAUGAGGCUCCGUGCAUAUGCCGCUGCCCAAGGAGUGCAACCAGACCAGAUCAUUUUUACUGAUAUUGCUAUGAAACAGGAACACAUUCGACGCAGUUCCUUAGCUGACCUUUUCCUUGAUACGCCAUUGUGCAAUGCUCACACAACUGGGACUGAUGUUCUUUGGGCUGGUUUGCCCAUGGUAACUCUCCCCCUGGAGAAAAUGGCAACCAGAGUUGCUGGAUCAUUAUGUUUGGCUACUGGUGUCGGCGAGGAAAUGAUUGUGAACAGCAUGAAAGAGUACGAGGAGAAAGCUGUGUCACUUGCUCUUAACCGACCUAAGCUCAAGGAUCUUACCGAAAGACUCAAAGCUGCACGUAUGACGUGUCCUCUAUUUGAUACCAAAAGAUGGGUUCGGAAUUUGGAACAUAAUUUAUUGGUUGCUGUCUUGGCUGAUGCAGAGGAUAAGCAAACCGGAAGCGAGUUGGUGCGGAUUUGGCUGGAAGAUGUUGAAAGUCUGGCUUUUGAGAUUGACAACAUUUUCAGCGAGAUCAAGUACGAGACUCUUCGUCAAGAGGUGAAAUCCAUGAACAAAUCCAAGUUGGGAAAGGUAAGUUUGCCCUUUUCCUCUGCUACACAUGAUAUUUCAUUUCGUCUAAGUAUGAGUUCUAAGAUUAGAGAAGUCAACAAGAAGUUGAUUAGCUGCAAUCUGAAAGCCUCGGAGUUUGGAUUAAUCAGAAAUGCAUUGCUCCAUUCAUCAGCUUCAACUAGUAGCAAUAAUAUUGCUAAAUUCCUUGAAAACAGAGAAAGCAACUCUGUUUUGCCAGAGUUUAUAGCAGGAAGAUCCAAAGAAGAAUCUGAAAUUGUGGCGAUUCUGUUGGACUCAUCUGAUCAAGUUGCUGUUACCGUUCUUCCCAUUGUUGGAAUGGGUGGAUUAGGUAAAACCACUUUGGCAAAAUCAGUGUACAACAACCCACAAAUUGUCAAUCACUUUUCUAAAAGAAUUUGGAUUUGUGUGUCGGAGAAUUUUAAAGUAACGGAGCUGUUCAGAUUGAUUUUCGAGUCACUAAGAGGAGGACAGGUUAUGAUGUCUAGUCAGGAGGCUAUAGUUAAACAGAUUCGGACAGAACUACGCAGGGAAAAAUUUCUCUUAGUUAUCGACGACAUUUGGAAUGAGGAUCCCGAGUUGUGGGAAGCCUUCUUUGGUUCUUUGGUAGGGAUUAGCACCCGCAAUGGAAGCUGCUGUCUAUUGACUACUCGUCUAUGGACAACAGCCCGUCUCGCGUCUCCCAGUGAUCCUUAUGUUCUGAGAAAGCUGAAAGAUGAUGAUUGUUGGUCUAUUCUUUCUCAGAAGGCAACCUUUGAUGGAAAAAUGCCAGAGGAAUUGGAUGUCCAUAGGAACCAAAUCUUGAGGAGAUGCGGAGGAUUACCUCUAGCUGCAAAAGUCAUUGGAGGGCUGCUUCGUUUGCAAAACAAAGAGGAUUGGCUUUCAAUUGUGGAAUCUAAGAUUCUGAAGCUUGACGGUAAUCAUGAAGGUGACAAUGGCAUUAUGCAAGUACUCAAGUUGAGCUUUGACUACCUGCCAUCUGUAUCAAUCAAGAGAUGUUUCGCUUAUCUAUCAAUAUUUCUGAAAGAUGUCGGAAUGAUAGGAGAUGAACUCAUCCAACUUUGGAUGGCAGAGGGUUUUCUUGAUGAACCGGAUGUGGGAACAGAAACGUUAACAUUGGAGGAAAUAGGCGGUAACUAUCUUAGAAUUUUGGUGCAGAGUUCCUUGUUGGAGGAAUCAGCUUAUGAUGUUAACACAGGCCAAGAUUAUAAAAUGCAUGAUCUUGUUCAUGACCUUGCAGAACUAGUUUCCAAGACAAAAGUAUCUAUAUUGAAUAAUCAUGUGUUAAUGGUUAAGAACAAUAAGGGGCGGUAUCUUGCACUAGGCUCAGUUGAAAGAGCGAAGGAACCGAUUAACAAACAAAUUGUUCGAACAUUGUUUGUGAAUGAUGGCAUAUCUGGAGAAGUGUUGUCAAAAUUUAAGCACCUGCGGGUGCUGAAAUUUCCAAAUGGAAUGAAACAUUGUUUGCUCUCCCUUCACAAAUUGAAACAUCUAUGCUUUCUUGAUAUUACACAUCCCAACGUGAAGGUGUUGCCCGAAUCUCUUUGCAAGCUUUAUAAUCUCCAGACAUUGUUCUUAGGUCACAGUAAUAAGUUGCAAGGUCUUCCGCGAGGGAUGAAAAAUUUAAUCAGUUUGAGGCAUCUUUACUAUUUCACAUCUGAUGAAAAGUUUCAAAUGCCGAAAGAGUUGGGAAGGUUAACAAGUCUUCAGACUCUAGAGUUCUUCAACAUAGGAGAAACUAAGGGUUGUCGAAUCAAAGAACUCGGAUGCAUGAAAAAUCUCAAAGGUAGUCUUGAGAUACGCAAUCUGGAAUUGGUAAAGGGUAAACAAGAAGCACAAUCGGCAAAUUUGGCUGAGAAGAAAAAUUUGAUUAGGUUAAGCUUGGAUUGGAACAGCACAAACCGUCAUGGGGCUGACAAUUAUGAUGAGCAUGUGUUGGAAGGCCUCAAACCUCACCCAAAAUUACAACACUUUACUGUUAGGGGGUUUAUGGGUAAUAAGUUCCCGGACUGGCUAGGGAAGUUGUCGCGGCUGGUCGAAUUGCGAUUGAGCAAUUGCGAUAAUUGCACUCGACUUACAUCACUUGGAAAUCUGCCCUAUGUGGUUAAUAUUCCUCUCACUUCUCUUAAAAACCUUGCCAUUUCAAGAUGUGAUGAAUUGACUAGUAUUCCGAGUGGAACCCUAGAAGGAUGCAGAUCUCUUGAGUGUAUUCGCGUUACCGAGUGUCCAAAUUUGGUGUCAUACCCGCUUGAUUUGCAGCAGAUACCUUCUCUUUCAGUUCUUGACAUUCGCCCAAAAUUAUUCACUCAAAAGGAUAUGCCCAGAGGAUUCAGUCACCUCACCAACUUGGAGGAAUUGUGGAUUGGUUCUUUCUCAGACGAUUCAAUUGAUUUAUUCGACUGGCAAGGAUUGUUAUCCUGUUCAUCCACACUCAGAACCCUACAUUUAUCUCCGAAACUUCACUUUCUUAACAAGUUUAGGUCUUAUGGAUUUUGGAUUUUAGAAAGUGUACCUGAAUGGUUGGGCGACUUUGUUUCCCUGGAGAGCCUCUGCCUAAUGAACUGUCCAAAACUUCACCAUUUACCCUCCUUGGAUGCCAUGCGACGCCUAACCAAAUUAAGAUCGUUGGUGCUUUGGGGUUGUCCUCUUGUACGAGAAGCAUUUAAUUGUCCAAAACUUCAAAAGAAGAUUGUGCUUAAAGGGUUCAGUGGCCACACCAGCUUAAAGGAAUUGUCGAUUGGUCCUUUCUCAAACGAUACGAUUGAAUUAUUUGACUGGCAAGGACAGUUAUCCUGUUCAUCCACACUCAUGAAGCUGUCUUUAUCUGGGUCGCUUGAAAUGCAGACUCCGCUGCUGCCGGAUCAGCUCCAAAACUUCACUUUCUUAACAAGUUUAACUCUUGCGCGUUAUGGCUUUUUGGAAAGGUUACCUGAAUGGUUGGGCAGCUUAGUUUCUCUGGAAGACCUUCAUCUCAGCAACUGUCCGAAGCUUGAAUUUUUGCCCUCCUUGGAUGCCAUGCGACGCCUAACGAAAUUAAAAUGGGUCUACGCUUGUACUAUUCUGAAUGAAGCAUUCCACCGUGACAAGAACAGCCCCGACUCAUACUGGUCCAGCUUAGGCGGCAUGACCACACAGUUAUUCGUUUGGAUCCGAGUUGAAACUGGGAAAAUUUGCACGAUUAAGAACACAAUUCUUGCUAAAUGGAACCGUCGCAAUUUCUGGAGGGUUUCAGCUGUCCCAAGUGGAAACGGGAGGAAUUUUUGA